GGACUUCGGAGACUCACCGGAAACCUCAAGUUUUCAGCCGCAGCACCUGGACACAGCGACGACAUGAAGCCAGUCUCCCUCCUCCUGCUCCUCUCCUCCGUCCUCCUCUCAUCGCACCUCCGCCCCGCCGCCGGCAGACCGCGCUCCCUCCCCGGCUGGCUGGACGGCAGCGGGCGCCUCCAGACGCAGCGACUGGACGAGGAGCUGCUCAGAGCGGCCGCCGCCGGGGACAGCACCGCCUCGGACCUGCUGAGCGACAACAUCCUGAGGUUCCUCCGGAGCAGGAACCCGGAGCAUCUCCACCUGCCGCCCGCCGAGCAGGAGGAGAGCGAGGAGGAGGUGCUGAGGACCGCGGCGCAGCUGCUGAAGCGCAGCGAGGAUCCGCCGCUGUCCAUCGACCUGACCUUCCACAUGCUGAGGAAUAUGAUCCAGAUAGCCGAGGAUGAGCGCAAGAGGGAGCAGGCUCUGCUCAACCGCAAAGCGCUCGACGAGGUCGGGAAGUAAAACUUUACUUUAACCGCUGUCUCAGCAUUCGAGACCUCUGACAUUAGUGUGUGUUCGUGCGCCUGCCUUCCCCUCCGUGCCAUUUUACGCACAGAUGGUGCCAAAUUACGCACCACAGCAUAUGCGAGUAAAAUGUAAAACCUUAGGUGUUAUUUAAAAACUUUGCUGGAGAAUAUGGAAAUGGACUUCUCAGACACCCUCACCCUCUCACAUCCACUGGCUUCACCCCUUCCUCACCCCCUCAAUCACCCCAUCCCCUCAACACCGGACUCCUGGUGGACAAAAGGUACCAACUGUCCCUCAUCACUGGUUUUCACACUUCUUUAUAAUUUCUGUGCACAGUCAAGAAUGAAUUUCUUUCCUGGCUCAUGUGUGACCACAGAGGAUGGUUUAACUAAAGAAUCAACUCAUUUGCAUUUGAAUUAAUCACUGGGUUAAAUUAAAGUUUGACAUUUGAUUAAACUUGAGCAGAACCCAUUUCUCGUCAGUGUGGCGAGUGACCCUGGUGUUAAUUGGGAUGGUGAUAUUUACCCUCGGCAAUAAAAUCAGUCUGAAUAAUGAGAGUUACAUUAUGGAUCAUGUAAUUACUGAACCUGAACUCAGACACAUUUUCCCUGAUGAAUUAAAAGAGGCUGAACUCUGACCUUUUCACAAAAAGGUUACCAAGUUCCAUUCUUCAUUUAUUUGACCCUCGACUGAAUCUAUAAAUGAACGUAGACAAAUCUACAGAUUCAGACUCAAACUUAUCAGAUUAUUUCUUAUUGGUACCAAGAGUUCACCUGUUUCAAGCCUAAAUUUGACUUUCUGGUGCUGAGGAGGAUUUAAAAAACUUUGUUUUACAUCAUUGCUCCGUGAUCUAAUGUCACAACCCCUCGUUUGUCCUGUGAGGCUGAGGAACACCUGACGUUCGCUCCUUUGUCCGACGCCAUCAGCCUCCUUUUGUCCUCUCUCUGUCCCCCAUGUUGAGCAGCAUCACCUGUACUGUACCAACUGUAGCAUGCAAACCUACAUUUAAAAAAAAAACAACAAAAAAAGCUUUAUUUUACUGUGUGAACGUUCACGUCUGACGCUGAUCAUGUUCUCUUUGUUUUAGCAAAUGAAAAAAAAAAUCUGCUUUUUGCCAUUUAUAUUUUAUAAUAAAAAA